AAUCCGAUUGGCUGAGAGCGUUGAAUUAGCAGCUACGGGGAAAACAGAAAGCUCUCUGUAUUAAAAAAAAAAAAAAAAAAACCUACCCUGUGUGUAAAUUCUGUCAUCUGAAUAAAUCUGACAUUCUAUUCGUUUAUUAAUUAUGGCAAUAACAACUGACCUCAUCCGCGAAAAACUCAUAGCAUCGAUUGGAGCAGUGCAUGUGGAUGUAGAAGACACCUCCCCGAACAGAUGUGCCGGAAGUUUCAAAGUUCUCAUUGUGUCUCCCCAGUUCGAAGGAAAGCCCCUUUUACAGAGACACAGGAUGGUGAACACAUGUUUGGCUGAAGAACUAAAAGAGAUUCAUGCAUUUGAACAGAAGACCCUAACGCCAGAGCAGUGGGAGAAGCAAAAAGCACAGUAGCACAUAAGCGUGUGCACACACACACACACACACACACACACACACACACACACACACACACACACACACACACACACACACACACACACACACACACACACACACAGACGUACUCAAGCACAACGGGCAUGCAAUGAAGGAUGAAAGAAAAAUCUUGAUGCCAUGACCAGAUCGGCAGACUGCUAUACAUGAUGUCCAAACAGAGCCAUGUUUAUGUUGCAUCAACAGUUUGCUGAUAUCCUUGUUUCUAAGUUAAAACAAGGUAUACUUGUAUCAUCCAGAUAUCUACUUCAACUAGCUCUUUCAACCAUGUACACAGGAAUUCAAUUAAAAGUGCCUGUGAUAUCAGAAAAAAGAAUUUGCAUCAUUUCGUUUUUGGGUUUGUGUGGCAUUUUGUUUGCCUUUUAAUUUGUUGCCGGUAAAGAAAUAAGUAUAAAUAAAUUGUGUGGUUUGACUGUAAUUACACUGUAGUAGAGUUGCACUUUUCCACAGUCUAAAACAUAUUUUUACCUUAAGCUAGCAGAGUUGUAUUAAGUAGAAGUAGAAGUACAGAUGUAAUUUCAACUAUGUAACAUCAUGCUAUUAGUGUUGUAAUGACACCUGUUAGAGUAGUUCUACUUCUACUUUUUACAACCCUGAAAAGCUACCAUGCCUUAUGUUUUCAGAAAAAGUGGUCUUUGCUUUUUGAGCUAUUGUGGAUGAAGUGAGUAGCCCACAAGUAUGUCAUCAGGGUGACCCCUAGAGGGCAGAAGACACUUUUUGUUGGGUCAAGCAGAUCAACACAGAGUCCCUAUGCAGAGUCCGGGUGCUGUCCGAGGAGAAGGGGGGUAAAUCACAGCACACUGAUCUUCUUUCAAGUUUCAGCAAAGAAGAUCAGUGUGCAGUGAUUUACCCCUUUUCCUUAGUGUUAGUGACAGGGCAUAUUUCACAUUUCAAAGGCAAUCAACCCUCCCUCCACUAAACUUUUGUGCACAUGGACCACAAAUUGCAAUUUCAAUGUUCUAUUGUGUUCUUUUGUUCGUUUGUUUGUUCUCAAGGUAGAUUGUGACAAGAGAAGGUAUUGCAGCUAUGCUGCCCAUUACAACUGUGCUGCUUAUUCCCAAAUUGGAUCUUUUCAUGA